ACAAAUGGUUCUUACUAAAAAUCCCAAUUAUAAUCGUGAAAUAUUGUUUCAUGAUGCAAAUAAUGAAUGGAAAAAAUAUAAAAAAGAUCCCAAUAUUCAAAGAAUAAUUGAUGAAUUUUUUAAUACACCAGUUCCUCUGCAAGGAUUUCUUAUUCUAUACGUACAAUAUUCAACACAAUCAAUUAAUAAUAAUUCAUAUGUGAAUAUAACACCCCAAGUAAUACCUCAAACAACACCCCAAUUACCACUUCAAGAAUUAAAUGAAUCAAAUGAACCUUCUCAUACAAAUGCCGUUGCCCAGAAAGAAGUAAUUAAUCAAAUAAAAGAAGUUGAAAAAAAGCUAGUAGAGUUUAUUACUCUAAAUGAUACCAUCAAUGAUUUUCAGCUUCAUCAGGAUCUUUAUGUUCUUGUUUUUGAAACAAAUUUGGGUUGUAAUGAAUAUGAGGAACCAGAAGUUGGAAAUAUUGAAGAUACUGAACAA